AUGUAUGUCUCAAAGACUGGUGGAAUUCGCUACUGUGGAAUGGAUUAUACGAAAGUUCUCAACAUUAGUCUCCAGUCAGAUUAUAUGCUCAAAAAGCUCUCUGUUUUAAAUGCAGGUAAUCCAAGGACAUUUGAUCCAAAUUUCAAGGGCCCUGUUGCCAACAGGAAUUGUACAGAUGUUCUGUGCUGCAUAAUCUUCAUGCUGUUCAUUAUUGGCUACAUUCUUUUAGGACUUAUAGCCUGGGUACAUGGCGACCCCAGGAAAGUGGCUUUUCCUACAGAUAGCCAAGGCCACUUCUGUGGCCAGAAGGGCACCCCCACUGAGAAUAAGAGCAUUUUGUUUUAUUUUAACCUGUUCAGCUGUACCAGUCCCUCUGUGAUGGUAAACCUACAGUGCCCUACUACACAGAUCUGUGUCUCCAAGUGCCCAGAAAAAUUUUUAACUUAUGUGGAAACACAAUUUCCGUACAAAAAAGACAAAAGAUCUUGGACAUACUUUAGCCAGUUCUGCAAGUCUCCUUUUUCAAAGCCUGAAAAGACUCUCUCACAAAUGGUAAUGGAUGACGAUUGUCCAACAGUGAUUUUUCCAAGCAAACCUCUUCUCCAGAGAUGUUUCCCUGACUUCUCCUAUAUAAAUGGCACUUUGACAGUAGGAAAUAAGACAAUGUUUGAAGAUGGGAAGGGAAGAACAAGAAAUGCUGCAGAACUCAGGACAGCUGCAAAGAGUAUCAAUAAAAUCCUUGAUGCAAAGGCAAUUGGAGUGAAAGUGUUUGAAGACUAUGCAACAACUUGGUACUGGAUUCUCAUUGGCCUGACAAUUGCCAUGCUUCUCAGUUGGAUAUUUCUGAUACUCUUGAGGUUCACAGCUGGAUUCCUUUUCUGGGUCUUCAUGUUGGGUGUGAUUGGAAUUAUAGGUUAUGGAAUAUGGUACUGUUACCGGGAAUACAGCAAUCUUCAGGGACACCAAACUUCUCACUUAACUAUAUAUGACAUCGGGAUUCAGAGUGAUAUAAGCACCUACUUUCAACUGAGACAAACAUGGUUCAUAUUUAUGAUAAUCCUCAGCAUCCUCGAAGUGUUUAUCAUCCUCAUGCUGAUCUUCCUUAGGAACCGAAUUCGCAUCUCCAUCGCCCUGCUGAAGGAAGGGAGCAAAGCCAUUGGAUAUGUCCCUAGUACAUUAGUUUAUCCAGUUUUAACUUUCAUUCUCCUCUCAAUCUGCAUUAGCUACUGGGCCGUGACAGCAGUUUACUUGGCUACAUCAGGAGUACCCAUAUAUAAAAUCAUAGCCCCAGAUGGGCAAUGUAAACAUGAAAAUAAAACCUGUGACCCAGAGAUUUUUAAUACAACUGAAAUUUCCAGAGCUUGCCCCGGAGCUCAGUGUAUCUUUUCUUUCUAUGGCGGAAAGACCCUGUACCAUCAAUACAUCAAUACCCUCCAGAUGUUCAAUCUGUUCGUUUUUCUCUGGCUUAUAAACUUUGUCAUUGCAUUGGGUCAGUGUGCCCUUGCUGGUGCCUUUGCUUCUUAUUACUGGGCCUUGAAAAAACCUGAAGACAUCCCACCAUAUCCACUUUUCACUGCAUUUGGACGAGCCAUACGAUAUCACACAGGAUCCCUAGCAUUUGGAUCUUUAAUUCUUGCAUUAAUUCAAAUGAUUAGAAUAAUACUAGAAUACUUGGACAAACGUUUUAAAGAGUCUCAGAACAACAUUUCUAAAUUUCUACAAUGCUGCCUGAAAUGCUGUUUCUGGUGUUUGGAAAAAGUGGUGAAGUUUUUGAACAGAAAUGCCUAUGUUAUGAUUGCAAUACAUGGCAAAAGCUUCUGCAGGUCAGCAAGAGAUGCUUUCAAUCUGCUGAUAAGAAAUAUUUUAAAAGUUGCAAUUAUGGAUAAAGUUACAGACUUUGUACUCAUCCUGGGGAAAAUGCUAGUUGCUGGGUGUAUAGGUAUCCUGGCCUUUUUACUCUUCACACAAAGAAUCCCAAUGAUUCUAGAAGGACCAACAUCUUUAAAUUACUACUGGGUACCUUUGCUGACAGUCGUUAUUGGAUCUUACCUAAUUGCACAUGGGUUCUUCAGUGUCUAUGCAAUGUGUAUUGAUACACUUUUCAUCUGCUUCUGUGAAGAUCUGGAAAGAAAUGAUGGAUCUACAGAAAAACCCUACUUCAUAGCCCCUACCCUGCACGGAAUUCUGAACAAGAAGCAACUAGUUCCCCAGAAGCAGAAAGAGUAG